AUGGAGCAUCAGCUCGAUAACUCGACACUCUCAGACACAAUGUACUCUCUCAUGUCUCCAGCCGUUCUGCUAGGGUCUCUUUUCUUCUCGUUCCUAGCUGCAGCGAAUUCUUCUAUACCACAAGUCACUCUUCAAGGCUAUGGUACAUUCGCUGGUACAAACAUCUCCAAGACCUUGCUCGGAGACAACCUUCCUCAACCCGUCAACGCCUGGCUCGGAAUUGACUAUGCCGAACAACCCGUAGGCGACAGACGCUUCCGCCCUCUGCAGUCCCAGCCCCAAUCCCUCAAGGGCGUGCAAAAUGCUACAAAAUACGGAUCAGUCUGCUUGCAGGAUCUCAUGUACCCUAACCCAGACGAACAAGACGAAGCGUGCUUGAACUUCAAUGUCUUCCGUACACCUGGCGUGCCGCUCAGCAAGAAACUACCCACGCUGGUUUGGAUCCACGGCGGUGGUUUUGCAUCAUUCUCAGGACGAGAUUUCGAUGGCGCUUCUUUUGUUGCGUCUUCUGCAGAUCCGGUUGUUGUUGUUUCGUUCAACUACCGUCUCAAUGCGUUCGGAUUCUUACCCAGCAAGCUGUUCGAGCGUGAGGGACUUCUAAACCUGGGUCUGCAAGACCAGCGCUUCUUCUUGCAGUUCUUGCAGAAACACCUGAGUUCGUUUGGUGGAGACCCUCGACAAAUCACGCUCGGAGGUUUAUCAGCGGGAGCACACUCUACUGCAUUUCACUACUUCCAUAACUAUGACUCUGAUAAGAACAAGCCUCUCUUCGCGCGUGCGAUUCUCCAAUCUGGUUCAGCGACAGCUCGAUCGUUCCCAGGUGUCGACUAUCCCAGAUACAAGAAAGACUUCGCAGGCCUGAUGAAGUAUAUCAACUGCUCCACCGACGUGAGCGACAAGGAGCAAAUGGGUUGCCUGCGCAGCGCGUCUGCACAAAAGAUCAGGGAAUACUCAGCAAAGGCAUACGAGGAUGCUAAAGAUCAACUGAACUGGCCUUGGCAACCGUCAAUUGGAGGCCCAUUGAUCGAGAAAGCGGGAUCAAAGAGUGAAGAAGAGGGCACGUUCCACCAUCUCCCUAUCAUCACGACCUAUACCUCCAAUGAAGGAAAAUACUACACUCCCGGUAACCUAGAAACCAACGAUGACUUUGUUCAAUUCUGGCACCGAAUCAGUCCUGGUCUCAACAUCACAGACCUCGCUCUCAUCAACGAGCUGUACCCAGACCCUGUAGCAUACCCUGACUCCCCAUGGGCCGGAUCCCCGAACAGCACUCAGUACAACCGCAUCUCAGCUGCAUGGUCCGACAUGGCGUACAUCUGCAUGAGCCGCCACACCGCCAUCACUACAUCCAGUGCUGGAGUUCCCACCUGGAGUCUUCAUUUCAACACUCCUGACUUUCCGUUGGUUGCGCAGUCCUGGAAGGGAAUUCCUCACGCCUCUGAUGCUGCAUACAUCUGGAAUGAUCCCCAUGUUGCUUAUCCUGAGACUGCGCGAAUUUACUACCAGUACAUCAAUAGCUUUGUCUUGACAGGUGAUCCUAACAAGAAGAGGUUGGAUGGAACUGUGGAGUGGCCGCAGUACAAGGCGGGUGAGAAGGGAAGUGCGUAUGCAAAGCAGCUUUUGGUGAACCCUGGAAACUUUACUGUUGUCGAGGAGGAUAGAGGUCGGGGAAGGCAGUGUGAAUUCUGGAAUGAUCUUGAAAGAGCUAGCCGUCUCUACAAGUAG